CAUCGCCGCCGCACGGUGCGGAGGCCGCGCGGCGCGCGGCGCAUGGCACGGGUUGCUGCCGUCUCCCACCUCUGGCUCGCCGUCGCUCCCCCCGCCUGCGGCGCUGAUGGGCGCCCGGGCGGCGGUGCCGGCGUGCGGCUUCCCGCGGUCGGGCUGGGCGUUGCGGGGAACCUCGACCAGGACGUGCCCGGCACGGCCGACGCCGUGGAGCGUUGGCUGCGGCUGGGCGGUCGCGCGAUCGACACGGCGCUGAUGUACAACAACGACGCCGGGGUGCGCCUCGGCAUCGAGCGCAGCGGCGUGCCGCGCCACGCCGUCGUGCUGACGACGAAGGUGCCGCCAGAGAGCAUGGGCUACGCCUCCACCCUGGCGGCCCUGGAGCAGGCGCGGGCCGGGCUCGGCGUGGGCGUGCUCGACUGCGCACUGAUCCACUGGCCCGGGCGCACCUGGGCGAGGCGAGGCUCGGACCCCGAGUGCGUGGUGGACCGCGGCGGCUCGCUGGGGGCUGACUGGAGCAGGUGCCGGAGGGAGAGCUGGGCCGCCCUGCUGGAGGCGAAGCGCUCGGGCCUGGUGCGCGCCGCGGGGGUGGCCAACUUCGAGCUCGGGCACCUGCGCGAGCUGGGCACCGCGCCGGACGUGCUGCAGGUCGAGUUCAACCCCUGGUGGCGGCGCGAUGACCUGCUGGCCUGGUGCCGCGGCGCUGGCGCCCAGCUGGUGGCGUACGCCAGUCUCGGCAGCUCGGGCGCGGCGGGUGUCCUGGGCGACCCGCUGCUCCGCAGCAUCGCGCGGCGUCACGGCGUCACUGCCGCGCAGGUCCUCCUGCAGUGGGCGGUGACGCGGGGCAUCGCCACGAUCCCGUCCGCGCGGAGCGAGCGGCACAUGCGGGCAAAUUUGGGGUGCUGUGACGGGUGGGCCCUCAGCUCGGAGGAGGACGCGGCACUCUCCUCGAUCCCGGUGGCCGACCAGUAUCGCGCCAUGUUCGGGACCCUCGGUUCGUCUACUCCCCCCUGGAGCCGUCGCAGGCCGCGGCGGCCGCGGCGAGGCCCCUCGCACACAGGAGGCUCGACCUCUUCGGCGCCGUGGACGAGACGAGCUUCGGCCUCCGGGGCGCCGACGCGGCCUGCUGGGGCGGCGAGAUGCAGCGCUACCCCUGCUGCCACCCCGCGUUCGGGCCGCUCGGCCUGGAGAGCUGCUGGGGCGGGGAGUACGACUUCCAGCGGUGCUGCGCGUCCUCCGGGGCGGGGAAGGCCCUCCCCCUGCCCGCGGUCGGGCCCAGCGGCAGCGGCGCGGAGCGGCGCGGCGACUUCGUGGUGGUGGGUGCAGGCUCGGGGGGCAGCGCCGCUGCCGCCGCGCUGGCGGCACGGGGCUUCCACGUGCUGCUGGUGGACUCCGGGGGGUGGGACUCGCUGGAGCA